ACACAUUUGUCCAUUAACUUCAGUCUAUCACGUUACUUGCUUGCAUUUGGUAAGCUUGUAAGUGAUGGACAAAGAGGUAAAUACCAACUCUCUGACACCUAAUACUGCAUCACCCGUCAAUUCUGUAACACUUCAUACCCGAGAUGCGGAAUACGCAAAGCUACCAAGGGAAAUGGCUUUAGCUGCUGUCGAAGAAAGAAUAGAAAAAUACGGAACGAAAGAGUGUCCAAUAGUUAGGGAUACGGAUCAAAAAUUGCAAGCUUGGUAUCAGUAUCUCGUUCGGCUGCAUCUUCAGGACGCCCAUGUAAAACAAUGGCUUAGAAGUCAGUCUUCAUCUCAAUCAAGCGUCUCUGCUCACCAAAAUGACUCCCACCAUGUGGUUCGGGAAGCGGAAAGCGUUGCAUAUGGCAGUCAGAAUCGAAAGGACAUGGAAACGACUGGGGUCACAAAUCAAUAUACCUUCGAUUCCGUAUUGCAACCUACAAGUAUUUUACCCCAACUAACUUCAGUACCUUUAAACCCCUCGGUUCAUGGGGACUUGGAUGUUUCGCAGGAGCCUCAGUGGGAUGAGACGUCCAUCAGCACCAGGACGACAGAAUUGUCGGAAGCCAGAGUCAGCAUAUUGCCGCAAAUAGUGCAAGACCAAACGACUAAAGUGGUAAAUCACUGGAUUUUGUAUUUGGAACGGCUACUUCAACAACAUCAAGAACUUCAACAAUUGCAGCGACAGCAGCCUCAACAACAAGAACCCUUGGUUUCCUCAGUUUCAGUACUAAUGGUAGACGAUACGCGUCCAUGCUAUAGGAUUGCGUCUUCCAGUUCUACAAAAUGUCUUCCUCAAGGAGUGGAAAGGAGUUCAAGUGAAGUCAGAACAAAUUCAACAUCAGCCGAGAGACUUGAAACAAGGUCUCCGAGGAGGAGCGAUCCAAACAUUAUAUCAUUAGCUGAAGGCAUGCUGAAAAACAGUGAAGUCUUAGCAGAAACUGAUGCGCCGCAGAAGUGUGCUUCUCGCCAACAGAAAAGUGAAACAAGGCAGACUUCAGUCAAAGAUACUGCAAAUUUAUUGGAUGUUGCAGCAGAAGAAAUAGGCCCACCUAGCCAAAAGAUGCUUACUCCUGAUGCUAAAGUCGCCAAAGAAGUGGCUACCGAGGACCAGUCUGUUUAUGGUGCAUAUAUACACUCUCACCAGCUUCCCAUAAGCCAUGAUCGAAACUUAUUCCUACUGCGGAUAACUCGGAUCACGUACCAGUGUACUUAUCGUCCAAAUCCGAUGAUGGAAUCUCCAAAGAACAUUAAUGAUAGGCGUGAUGCGAAUCCGGACGGUAAAUGCACAAGAAGGGAACCACAUGUCUUGGUUACUUUCCAGGCCCAGUUGCCAAGCAUUCAAUCCGUCUUCCAGUACAGUUUCCCAGAACCCAGUAAGCGGUGUAGUACUGGGUUGCAGUUGGGAUUUACCUGCUCGUUGAACAACGGCGAAUUGCUGCUGCCAGACUUUGAAGGAGCAGAAGUCGUCGAGAAGCUUGACUCCUGGGAACAAGCUGCACAUAUGCCUGGGCUUCGCUGGCAAAUUCUUUCGGCUUUGCGCGCUACAGUCUCAUUGAUGUUGGAACGGAUAAGAAAGAAUGGAAUAUCAGCAAUAGAUAUAGACGUGGAUUAUGUGUUCUUCCCAAUUUGCCGAGAGUUCAGGUUACAUCACCCCAGGGGACACCAAAAAGGUGCCUCAGUCGACAUGUCUACGCUGGGUCCAGAAAUUACCACCCACCAGCUGGACUGUAAUGCGAGAAUAAAAGUGACAAAAAGCAAAGAAGUUGAGAAGGGGCUAUGUAUCAGAGGCCAAUCACACUGGUCUAACGUCGAGAGUUGUACGGAAACAAACAGACAGCAAUCGCUAUUAUGUCAGCAAAAUCAAUCCGACGGUUAUAGAUCGCUGGAGGGUGUAUCGGCGGAUGUACGCUGUUCCAGAAUCUCGAAGUCUUUAUACAACCCAGGUGUUGAAAGAAGCCAUACAGAUGGAAGCGAUUUUGAUCCGACAUUGCAUCACCGGUCAACCUCUAGAAACAAUUCCGUGCCUGGAAGAAAUGGGCAAUAUCGCAAUGUUGCCGACAGCAUGCCAAGGUCAGUGAACAGGAGAGCGGAAGAAAUCGGAAUUCCAUAUCGGCGGUUAUUAACGAAUACCAGAUCCAUGUCCACGCCAUCAAGCCCGACAAGAUUUGUCCAAUAUUCAAAAGUUCGAGAUGACUACCGACAGAAAUUAAUCCGUGAGCGAACAGAAACCAUGCCUAAGUCACCGGGAUGCAACAUUGCAAAAUUAUCGGCAUUGAAACAUACAGUGGACAUGCCCACUAAAAGCGACUCAACAUCCGAGGAAAGGAAACCGUCCAGCUAUCUCCAGAGGGUCAUUCAAGAAGUAACCAAGCGAUUGCAGUCCAGUCCACAUCUGCCGAUAGUUGUUAUGCCUUGGUCAGCUAGAACGACCGACAAUUGCGCUCCGACGGGUAGGACAAGGGAGGUCAUACCAGUUGCCUUUCAGCUUCCACAGCCGAAUGUGACUUUCGUUUGCUUAAACUCAAUGGAAGAUCAAUUCCCAAGAGUCUUCACGGCACCGAAAAAAGGAGCGCUGAUAGUCCUAACCUUUGAUAUGGAGGAGAUCACAACAAAAGACGCAGCCAUUCAACCAAGAUGCAUGCGAUCGGUAACCAUCACGGGGCCGAAGCCUGGCUACGUGCUAUUAAUCACUUCGGAUAACGAGUACACUUACAUUCCCAUUGGACAGGCUACAUAAUGUUGUCCCGACGACAAGGACAGAGGCCCAUACAAAGGACUACAAGCAAAUUGCACAAGCACAGUGGACAAGUGUGAAUGUUCCAUUAAAUAGGACGUAAACCAGAAUUCUGGGGAUGAUAAAACGUCCAGAAUCUGUAAACCAACCAUUUGAUAUCUGCGGAUCAUACAACGACAGCAACUAAUCACUACCUGACAC